AUGAUUCGAAAUGAACUCACAUUUUGUUUGUUAAAAGAGGAUGAAAAGAAAAAAAUUAAUGGUUUGUUUCUUAGAAGUCAGAAUGUUAUAGUAAGAGCUUUUCUUAAAAGAUUCAAGAUUAUAUACCUAAAAGGUUUUAUGGCAUUGAUGUCAGAUAGAGUGACAUUUUCGCUAAUCCGCUUAGACAUCGAGUCCACUCCAAAUGAAUUCCGUUUACAAGUGCUGAUUAUUCGAUUGAGUUUCGUGAAAACGAAUAGAAUUGAAGGCCACUUUUCUGAAUAUCAAAAUAGGCAGAAAGAGAAAUUGAAAGACGAUUUUCAUCAAAAAUUUCCGCAUUGA